UAAAAAAAAAUCAUAAUCCUAUAUGCCAAAACCGCUAAACCCAAAAACCCAACUGAACCAGCAGCACCAAGAUGAUGUUGCAGAACAUUACCACUCUUUUCCAUACUAAAACUACUCAUUUUCCUUCAUUAUUCUUCAUAACACCCCACUGCUUACACAAUUAUGCACAGCAGCAGCACCUAAAACAACCCAUAAGAAGAACAGUAACGAAAACUAAGCAAUUCUUGGUGUUGUGUGCAAAUUCCGAUGUGGGUAUUAAUGGGAGCUCUUUAAAUGGGCAGUUAGGUGGGGCAGAAGAUGGAGGAAGAAGAAGAACUAAUGAAGAAUGGAGUGAAAAAGUUGAGUCUUCUCAUUAUGAGGCUAUACUUAAAGGUGGAGAACAGGUCACUUCUGUUCUUCAAGAAAUGAUCACCCUUUUGGAGGAUAUGAACAUGGAUGAAGCAUCUGAGAAGGUGGCAGUGGAAUUGGCUGCACAAGGAGUCAUUGGUAAAAGAGUGGAUGAGAUGGAAACAGGGUUUAUGAUGGCCCUGGAUCACAUGAUUCAAGCUGCUGAAAGAGACCGAGAUGAUCAGCGUAAGAUCCUGUUGGAAGUGGUGAAGGAAACUGUAUUGUCACAUCUUACAAGAAAAUGUCCACCACAUGUUCAAGUGGUUGGCUUGCUUUGCAGAACUCCCGAGAAAGAAAGCAGGCAUGAACUGUUACGAAGAGUUGCCGCCGGUGGUGGUGCCUUUGCAAGUAAAAAUGGAACCAAAGUUCAUAUUCCAGCAGCAAAUCUAAAUGAGAUAGCAAACCAAGCAGAUGAUCUAUUGGAGUCAAUGGAAACACGGCCAGUUGUUCCAGACCGAAAACUACUCGCAAGACUUGUACUAAUCAGAGAAGAAGCCAGGAAUAUGAUGGGAGGUGGAAUACUGGAUGAAAGAAAUGACCGUGGUUUUAGUACUCUUCCUGAAUCUGAGGUGAACUUCUUAACCAAGCUAGUGGCUCUAAAACCCGGGAAAACUGUUCAAGAAAUGAUAAAAAAUGUAAUGCUAGGAAACGAUGAAGGAGCUGAAGAUACCGCUAGUAAAGAGGAGAACACUAGGGGUGAAAGUAGUUCAAACGGAAUCACAGGAAAGCCAAGUGUAACAGGACGAAAACCACUUCCUGUACGCCCAGGCAUGUUUCUUGACACGGUCACCAAGGUCUUAGGCGGUAUAUACUCCGGAAAUGUCCCAGGCAUUACAGCACAACAUCUAGAAUGGGUUCAUCAAAAGACACUUGAAAUUCUUCAGGAAAUAGCAUUCUAGUUUUUCCAGUGGAGGUAACAGAUUCCUCUUUAUACUAUACAGUAGAAACUAGUAUUUCAUGUUUAUAGACAGCCAAAGGAACUGCUAAUUGUAAGAUUUUUGUACCUCUGAUACAAGAAAAAGAGUCGUAAAAAUUCUUCUUGUCACUGUCUCAAAGAUAGUAAUCACUGCAGCUAGCUAAACUAAGCUUGAGCUAGUGACUUCUGAUGUUAGAAUUUGGUAGCCCAUUUGACGAAACAAAAAAGGGCUGUCCGCCUUUGUACUUUUCAUGCACAAGUGAGUAAAAAAUCAUGUCUUGAAUCAUUUAA